AUUUGAUUUGUUUUUGAGGCGUAUUUGGAGGAGUGGAAUGGGAGGUAUGCAUGCGUUGCAUGAACUAACCUAUGUGAUUGUGAUGCCAUAGAAACAUAUAUCAGCCGAUGUUGAAUUGAGUGGAAUUUUAGGCGCCCACCUCUCUGAGAUUGAUCUCCCCCAAAUCCACACCCUCUCUGCGCGCGCAGUCUGGUUGUGGUAAGCGCCCCACCGCCUGCAUUUCUGCAUGAAAAACAUGUAGAAUUUGAAGCCGAUUGAACGUAUCCAGACUGCUAUUCACGUUCUCAUCCGAGUGGCUUCGCCUCACUCUCACCACAUUUCACGUUUUUCUGAUCACUUCCAUUUUUCUUCUCUGCGUGGAUCUUAUCGCGCUAGCUGUGCAAUUAUUGGAUUGAUGAUAAUUCACGUUGUUUUCGAUCCAAGAAUUGAUGCAUUUUGGCAUAUUUGCGUUAAUUCGUCAGAGAAUUGCGUUUUUCUGGAUCUUUUUUGGUUUCAUACAUUAACAGGAUCACUGAUUUGGGGGCGCAGAUUUGGGGGGUCUCCUACAGAUGGGUGUUGAUUUUGGCUUUUAAAGCUUCAAGAUUUGUGGCUGCAUACGGUGAAUGGGAUUAGCAAAGGCUUGUUUGGAUGGUGAAAUUCAAGAGGGCUAGGGAUUUGUAGAGACUACACAGUGUUUGAUGGGGAAUACAUGUGUAGGCCCUAAGUUGGGGAACGAAGGCUUCUUUCAAUCUGUGACGGCAGCCGUCUGGAAAACCCGGCAGCCAGAGAGCCUUCCAGCCUUAAAUCGAGAACAAGAAGCCAGCAGUGGCAAGAAUAAUAAGGAUAACAAUAAAAAUAAUGAGAGCUCUGUGAAUUCAGAUACUAAAAGCUCUGGUUCAACUCCGUCUGAUGUGCAAACUCCGCCUGCAACAGUCAAAAUUUCAGGUGGUGAAGGCAAGCCGACGGAUCACCAAAAGCCUGCAAACCAGGAGGCGAAAGUGAAUAAUCAUAGUAGUACCGAUACUAACAAUGCCAAUAAUAACAAUAAGCCAGCAGAAGGGGCAAAACAGAACAAGCCUAAUCCUAUGAAGAGAGUAUCAAGUGUAGGACUACGGGUCGAGUCAGUUUUACAGCGAAAAACAGAAAAUUUGAAGGACAAAUAUACUUUAGGGAAGAAGUUAGGACAGGGACAAUUUGGGACCACGUUCUUGUGUUUGGAGAAGGAGACUAACAAGGAGUUUGCCUGCAAGACAAUUGCUAAGAGGAAGUUGAUAACUGAGGAGGAUGUUGAGGAUGUUAGAAGAGAAAUUCGGAUAAUGCACCACUUGGCAGGGCAUCCCAAUGUUAUAUCAAUUGUUGGAGCUUAUGAAGAUGCAGUUGCAGUUCAUGUUGUAAUGGAGCUUUGUGCAGGUGGGGAGCUUUUUGAUAGGAUCAUACAGAGGGGGCAUUACACGGAAAGAAAAGCCGCGGAGCUAGCUAGGACGAUAGUUAGUGUUAUAGAAGCUUGUCAUUCAUUGGGAGUUAUGCAUAGAGACUUGAAACCAGAGAAUUUCCUUUUUGUGGAUGACCAAGAGGAAUCACUGCUUAAGACCAUUGACUUUGGGCUCUCAAUGUUCUUCAGACCAGGUGAAACAUUUACUGAUGUGGUUGGAAGCCCUUAUUAUGUGGCCCCAGAGGUACUAAAGAAGCUUUAUGGCCCAGAAUGUGAUAUUUGGAGUGCUGGAGUUAUCAUUUACAUUUUGCUAAGUGGAGUUCCGCCAUUUUGGGAUGAAACGGAACAGGGAAUUUUCGAGCAGGUCUUAAGAGGGGAACUCGACUUUGUAUCUGAACCUUGGCCCAGCAUAUCUGACAGUGCAAAAGAUCUUGUCAGAAGAAUGCUCGUAAGAGACCCCAAAAAGCGGCCCACAGCUCAUCAAGUUCUUUGCCAUCCAUGGGUACAAGUAAAUGGUGAAGCUCCAGAUAAGCCUCUUGAUUCUGCUGUCCUAAGUCGUUUGAAACAAUUUUCCGCCAUGAACAAACUCAAGAAGAUUGCAAUCAGAGUUAUUGCUGAAAGUCUUUCUGAGGAAGAAAUUGGCGGACUCAAGGAAAUGUUCAAGAUGAUCGACGUUGAUAAUAGUGGACAGAUUACCAUGGAAGAACUCAAGAAAGGUCUAGAAAGAGUUGGGGCCAAUCUCAAAGAUUCAGAAAUAAUCAGUCUGAUGCAAGCAGCUGAUUUCGACAAUAGUGGAACCAUAGACUACAGAGAGUUUGUGGCAGCAAUGCUGCAUCUAAACAAAGUCCAGAAAGAGGACCAUUUGUAUGCAGCUUUUUCAUAUUUUGACAAAGACGGUAGCGGCUACAUCACAAAGGAAGAGCUCCAACUGGCUUGUGAGCAGUUCGGUCUAGGCGAUGUUCACUUAGACAAAAUCAUCCGUGAAGUUGAUAAGGAUAAUGACGGGCUGAUUGACUAUAGCGAAUUCGUGGCUAUGAUGCAAGACACUGGUUUUCGCAACAAGGGAUUGCAAAACAGAUAAGCAUGGGGCUAAAAGGUACUCGUAAGUCUGGUAAUCUUUGGGAACAUCAUAUUUGGACUUGUGUAAAUUAUGAUGUAUCAAUGACAUCAUUUGAGUGCAUUUUCUUGUAAAGAUUAGUCAGAAUCUACAGCAGGACGCUUGUGCUAGGAAUCGAUGUUUUGUGCAUGGUUAGGUUGUAUUUUGGGUUUGGUAUUACUGUCUAUAUGUUCCAUAGUUCUUUAAGUCUUGUGUUUCAGCCAUUACAAUUGUUUAUAGAAAAUUUUGACUGUUGGUAGUAUGUUAUAGUUCUGUAAUUAGUCUGAUGAAUCCAUUCUCUAAUCACUGUCCUUGAUGAA